GGACUCACUUCCUGCUUCUGUAAUUUCCUCUUCCGCUGCCGUUUGGAGGGCAGAUCAUCGAUCCCUCAUCAGUGAUAUCGAUCCGCUGGGACCGACCCACUGCAGCGCGGUGGUGCCUUCAGGGGCCUUCAGUCCGACCUCCCGCAGACUCCAAUGGCGACACCCGACCCAAUGCUGGGAGGACGCGAGGGGUCCAGCCCGCUGUCCGAGGAGGCCCCGAGGAGGUCCGGGGGGUCCGGGGUGAGCUCCUGGGAGACGGAGCUGACCUCCGUCCAGCACUCGCUGAAGUUUGUGUCGACGCUUCGGGAGGAGUUCGUUUGUCCCGUCUGCGGCGGAGUCGUGCUCGACCCUCAGCAGAACUCCUGCGGACACAUCUACUGCUUCCUCUGCCUCCGAGGACUGAUGGAGAGCUCGUCGCCGUCUGGCCCAGUUUGUCCGGCGGACGGAGCCGUGAUCACGCCGGCCGAGGUUUUCCAGGACAACUGCUGCAAACGAGAAAUCUCCGGUUUAGAAGUGUACUGCACCAACUACCCAGAAUGCACCUCGGUGGUCACGUUACGCCACCUGCAGGAGCACCUGAGGUCGUGUCAGUAUGAGCUGCUGCAGUGCUGCAAUCCGGGCUGCAGGGCGGCGCUGCAGAGGCGCUACAUGCGGGAACACCUGGCCGACGCCUGUCCCCACCGCACGGAGCCCUGCCCGCACUGCCGGCGACCGCAGCGACUCGGCUGCAUCCAGGAUCACGUGCAGAGCUCCUGUCCGCAGGUGGAGCUGGACUGUCCCAGCGGCUGCUCCCUGAAGGUCCCCAGACACAAGCUGACAGAACACAGAGGCUCGUGCGCGCAGCUUCAGGUCGACUGUCCUUUCAGGGAGUUCGGCUGCUCGGUGCAGCAGGAUAAGAGAGGCAGAGCGAAGCUGCACCAGGACGCCGCCGUCAACCGCCACAUGCUGCUGGUCCUGAGGAGCAACGCCCGCCUGGAGCAACGGGUGGAGGUUCUCCAGGAGGAGGCGCUGCUGCUGCAGCAGGACGUCCAGAGGGACAGCUCGCUGCUCGCCGGCCUGCAGAAGAAAAUCCCUCCGCUGCUGCGACAGAACGACAGCGAACACAUCGUCGUCUCCGCGGCUCAGAGGAUGCUGAGCAGGCAGGAGGACGUCCUGUCCACCGUCCAGCUGGAGGUCCAGCAGGUGUCUCGGGGACUCGGCCUGGAGGAGCUGGAGGAGCUCAGGAGGUCUCUGGAUGCCGUGAUCCAGGAAGUGUCGGCCGCCGAGGUCCUCAGAGAACACCUGGGAACCUCGGAGGAGAACCUGAAGCAGCACUCGGGUCUCCUGGACCUCCACGCCGCCCAGCUCGGUAGGAACGAGCAGCACCUGCAGGAGCUGGCGGCGACGUCCUACGACGGCAAGCUGAUCUGGAAGAUCGAGGACUUCGGGAGCAGGAGGGAGGCCGAGGUCAAAGGUCACCCGCCCUGCCUGAGCAGCGUGCCGUUCCACACCGGCACCUGCGGCUACAAAAUGGCCUCCAAGGUCUACCUGAACGGGGACGGCGAGGGCAGAGGGACCCACCUGUCCCUCUACGUUGUCCUGAUGCCGGGGGACUUCGACGCUCUGCUGCCGUGGCCCUUCAGGCAGACCGUGUCCCUGUCCGUUCUGGAUCAAAGCGGCGCCGCUAACCACCAGAGCCUCGGCUUCAGGCCCGACCCGACGUCCAAAAGCUUCCGGCGACCCGCCGCCGAGUGCGCCGGCAACGUCGCCGUUGGAUUUUCUUGCUUCCUUCCCCUCGGCAAGCUGGAGAGCCCUCAAAACGCGGCGUACGUGAAGGACGACACCCUGUUUGUCAAAGUGAAGGUGGACAUGGCCGGUUUCGACCCUCUCUAGGCCUCCGGUCCACAACGUGUUUUCAGGGUUUGUUUUUAUUUUGGUACUUUGGUAAAAAAAAAAGUUUGACAUUUCGGGAAAUAUCGUCUGUCUGACAGAUGUUCAGAUGGAUACAGUUUUUCCUGUCAGCUUCAGGAUUCUUUGAUGGUCACUCAUAAUUAUUUAAUGCCACUUAUCUCAAGGUCACGACCUAAUUAUCUAACACUUGGUGCUUAAAUCAAGUUAUUUAAGUCCGUCAUCCCGAUAUAUAUCGGAAUCUAAUAAUCUGCAGGUAUGAAACCGUUAAGUGUUGGUCAGGACUGAAAAGUGUCUUUUUUAUUCUCCACUUAAUAAACAAUGCGUUUCUUUUCAAGAGAAGGAGAUGAUGACGAUAAACCGGCAGCUGUUUGCCCACAAAUACAGGAAGUUUAUUCUGUGUGUGUGCAGACGAGUUCUACUGUGCGUUUAUUAUUAUAGUUUAUUAGUCUCGAUUGAGCAAAAAGAAACACGAACACUUCCCGUCAGGUAGAGGGUCGUUGCGUCUGUUAAAAAAAAAAAGAGGUACCUCCAUCUUCCUGUGAAAGAGCCGACUCAGGGUUCAUUCAGGCGUUUCCCAUCAUGCAUUGGGUCUUAUCUAAUACUUCUCCAAUGUUCUCAAUAAUUUGCUGUGUCAAAAGCUUUCUGGAGGUCAACGUAAAUACCGAUCUCAUCAUCGUCAUUCCCUCCGUUAGUGCACAUAAGUAGUAGUUCUAUUUUUCCUAAAUGCAUACUGAUGUUCACUCAAUAAUUAAUUUUUACUCGCACAGAGAUCCAAUUGUUGCACCAAUAAUUUCUCUUAAUAUUUUUGAAAAUUGAGGAAGAUACCGGGUCUAUAAUUAUCUAUUUAAUGCUCCGUUUUUAAAACAUUGGUAUUACCUUUUAUAGUUUUCAUGUUAUUAGGGGAAACAAACUGAUUACACAUAUAGAUACAGAGGUCCUACAAUAAAAUCAAUGACUUUUAUAUCAGAUGUUCUUUUGUUUUUACAUUGUUUGUACAAUUUGUUGUAUAUUAAUUUAAUUUAUCCCACAAGGGAACAUGGAAAAUGUAAACUCGUGGCUCCACCUCAUUAAAAUGAUGCUGACACAAGUGAUGACACAA